ACUUUAUUCCAGGGCUGUGUGUCUCCACAUCUCUCCGCCCUGGAAAGAAUUGCUCCGUUCUGUACAGUGCACUUUCACUGUACCUCACUUCGCUUCAGUGUUUGGUGCUUUCAGCUCGCAGCAUUCGGACACCAGUCAUCAUGGCGUACAGCACGACUGCAGCCGUGUUGGUGACUGUGGGAGUUGUGUUCGUCUCCACCUUGGGCUUUGUCCUGGGUGCCUAUUUACUGACCAAGAAGAAACCAAAACUGGUCACCCUGCUUGAUCCCACCGUUAAGUACCCGUUGAGGCUCAUCGACAAGGAGGUGAUCAGUCAUGAUACUCGCAAGUUCCGCUUUGCAUUGCCCACCCCAGAGCACAUUCUGGGACUUCCUGUUGGGAAACAUGUAUACCUGUCUGCCCGCAUCGAUGGCAACAUAGUUGUGCGUCCAUACACUCCAGUUUCCAGUGAUGAUGACAAGGGAUAUGUUGACCUGGUAGUGAAGAUCUACUUCAAAAACAUGAACCCAAAGUUUCCAGAUGGUGGUAAAAUGUCACAGUAUCUGGAAAGUCUGAAGAUUGGAGAUGUGGUGGACUUUCGAGGACCAGGAGGACUUCUGGAAUAUAAAGGCCAAGGGAAGUUUUCAAUGAAGCCUGACAAAAAUUCCCCUGCAGAAGAAAAGACUGCCAAAUCCCUGGGUUUGAUUGCUGGGGGGACAGGCAUUACUCCUAUGCUUCAGCUGGUGAGAGCCAUAAUGAAGGAUCCAAAUGACAAGACCACCUGCAGUGUGUUGUUUGCCAACCAGACAGAGAAGGAUAUCCUCUUGAAAGAUGAAUUGGAGGAGAUUCAGGCGAGGUACCCUGACUGCUUCAAGCUGUGGUUCACUGUGGACAGAGCCCCCAGUGACUGGGAAUACAGCCAGGGCUUUAUCAACGCUGAUAUGAUUCGCGAACAUCUACCUGGUCCCGAUGAUGACAACAUGGUCCUAAUAUGCGGCCCACCACCCAUGAUCCAGUUCGCCUGUAACCCAAACCUGGACAAGCUGGGCUACCGGCAGAGCCAACGCUUCACGUUUUAGAUGGCAGAAUGGUUCUCCUCUGCUGUUCCAGGUCUCUCUGGAUCAGAACCCAGAAGCAUGAGUUGAUCCCAACCAAUCCCCUGUGAAGAGCACAUCUUAUUGUACAUGCAAUGCAUAGUAUAGAGCAUUAAGGAGAGAAAAAAAGUAAUUUUUCAUCCACAUUUUUGAGAUAUGCUGUUGUCUGCAGUUUUAUGAGUUAUAUCAGUUGAGGCUUCAGGCUGGCCUCUCUGGCUAAGUGAGAGGGGCUACAACACCUUAAACUCUUCUGCUUUGCUCACCAAAUCCAGUUUUGGAGGGGCAUGCCAAAAGGAAUUUGCACCAGUCUAACAGAGUUACAGUACAUCUGUGAGCAGAUGCUGCAGUUUAAACACAAAAUGUGCCUUGCUUGGGUGUGUUCUUUUGGUGUCAGUUUUUACAAAUUGUAACGUGGUUGAGUUCUUUUCUCCACUUAUAUUUACUUACACUUUAAAAGACUAUGCUUUGCCUUAUUGCACAAGGCAGUCCUUUGUUCCACAGUUGUAUUUCAUAACAUUACAUAGCUUUUCAGAGUUACUAUGGACAUUGCUGGAUAGUAAAACGAUUAAGAAUCCCUGCAACAGAAAUGCUAAAGAAAUAUUAUAUACAAUAAAAUUUCUCA